AUGUUCGAGGACGAGCCGCGCGCCGAGGGGGCGGCGGUGGUCGCCGCGGCCGGGGAGGCGCUGCAGGCGCUGCAGGCCCUGUGCCAGGAGCUGAACCUGGACGAGGGGAGCGCGGCCGAAGCCCUGGACGACUUCACCGCCAUCCGGGGCAACUACAGCCUAGAGGGAGAAGUUAUACACUGGUUGGCAUGUUCAUUGUAUGUUGCAUGCCGCAAAAGCAUCAUUCCCACAGUUGGAAAGGGUAUCAUGGAAGGAAAUUGUGUUUCACUUACCAGAAUACUACGUUCAGCUAAAUUAAGUUUAAUACAGUUUUUUAAUAAAAUGAAGAAAUGGAUGGACAUGUCAAACCUGCCACAAGAAUUUCGUGAACGCAUAGAAAGACUAGAAAGAAAUUUUGAGGUGUCUACUGUAAUUUUCAAAAAAUUUGAGCCAAUUUUUUUAGAUAUAUUUCAAAAUCCAUAUGAGGAGCCACCAAAGUUACCACGAAGCAGGAAGCAGAGGAGGAGUCCUUGCAGUGUUAAGGAUCUCUUUAAUUUCUGUUGGACACUCUUUGUUUAUACUAAGGGUAAUUUUCGUAUGAUUGGAGAUGAUUUAGUAAACUCUUAUCAUUUACUUCUGUGCUGCUUGGAUCUGAUUUUUGCAAAUGCCAUUAUAUGCCCAAAUAGACGAGACUUGCUAAAUCCAUUAUUUAAAGGUUUGCCCUCUGAUUUCCAUACUGCUGACUUUAGGGCUCCUGAAGAGCCUCCCUGCAUCAUUGCUGUACUGUGUGAACUGCAUGAUGGACUUCUAGUAGAAGCAAAAGGAAUAAAGGAGCACUACUUUAAGCCAUAUAUUUCAAAACUCUUUGAUAGGAAGAUUUUAAAGGGAGAAUGCCUCCUGGACCUUUCCAGUUUUACUGAUAAUAGCAAAGCAGUGAAUAAGGAGUAUGAAGAAUAUGUUUUAACUGUUGGUGAUUUUGACGAGAGGAUCUUUUUGGGAGCAGAUGCAGAAGAGGAAAUUGGAACUCCUCGAAAGUUCACUGGUGACACCCCAUUAGGAAAACUGUCAGCACAGGCUAAUGUGGAGUGUAACUUUCAACAACACUUUGAAAAAAAAACAUCAUUUGCACCUUCUACUCCACUGACAGGACGGCGAUAUUUACGAGAAAAAGAAGGAAUCAUUACUCCUGUUGCUUCAGCCACUCAGAGUGUGAGCCGGUUACAGAGCAUUGUGACUGGACUAAAAAAUUCACCAAGCGAACAACUUAUAAAUAUUUUUGAAUCUUGUAUGCGUAAUCCUAUGGAAAAUAUUAUGAAAAUAGUCAAAGAAAUAGGAGAGACUUUCUGUCAACACUAUACUCAAUCAACAGAUGAACAACCAGGAUCUCACAUAGACUUUGCUGUAAACAGACUAAAGCUUGCAGAAAUUUUGUAUUAUAAAAUAUUAGAGACUGUAAUGGUUCAGGAAACACGAAGACUUCAUGGAAUGGACAUGUCAGUUCUCUUAGAGCAAGAUAUAUUUCAUCGUUCCUUGAUGGCCUGUUGUUUGGAAAUUGUGCUCUUUGCUUAUAGUUCACCUCGUACUUUUCCCUGGAUUAUUGAAGUUCUCAAUUUGCGGCCAUUUUAUUUUUAUAAGGUUAUUGAGGUGGUGAUCCGCUCAGAGGAAGGACUUUCCAGGGACAUGGUGAAACACCUGAACAGCAUUGAAGAACAGAUUUUGGAGAGUUUAGCAUGGAAUCACGAUUCUGCACUAUGGGAGGCUCUCCAGGCUUCUGCAAACAAGGUUCCUACUUGUGAAGAAGUUAUAUUUCCAAAUAACUUUGAAACAGGAAAUGGGGGAAGUACACAGGGACAUCUUCCCAUGAUGCCAUUGUCUCCCCUAAUGCAUCCACGGGUCAAAGAAGUUCGGACAGACGGUGGAAGUCUUCGAAGGGAUAUGCAACCAUUGUCUCCAAUUUCUGUCCAUGAACGCUACAGUUCUCCUACCGCAGGGAGUGCUAAGAGAAGACUUUUUGGGGAGGACCCCCCAAAGGAAAUGCUUAUGGACAGGAUCAUAACAGAAGGGAAAAAACUGAAGAUUGCUCCUUCUUCAAGCAUUACUGCUGAAACUAUAUCAAUUUCACCUGGGCAAAGUCUUUUAACAAUGGCCACAGCAGUAGUAACGGGGACAACAGGACAUAAAGUUACAAUCCCAUUGCAUGGUAUUGCAAAUGAUGCUGGAGAGAUUACACUGAUACCAAUUUCCAUGAACACAACUCAGGAGUCCAAAGUUGAGAGUCCUGUAUCACUUACUGCUCAGUCAUUAAUUGGUGCUUCUCCAAAACAAACCCAUCUGACUAAAGCACAAGAGGUACAACCAACUGGAAUAAGCAGACCAAAAAGAACUGGAUCCUUAGCACUGUUUUAUAGAAAGGUCUAUCAUUUGGCAAGUGUACGCUUACGUGAUUUAUGUUUAAAACUGGAUGUUUCAAAUGAGUUACGAAGGAAGAUAUGGACGUGUUUUGAAUUUACUUUAGUUCACUGCCCUGACCUAAUGAAAGACAGACAUUUGGAUCAGCUCCUCCUGUGUGCUUUUUACAUCAUGGCGAAGGUAACAAAAGAAGAACGAACUUUUCAAGAAAUAAUGAAAAGUUAUAGGAAUCAGCCCCAAGCUAAUAGUCACGUCUAUAGGAGUGUACUGUUGAAAAGUAUUCCCAGAGAAGUUGUGGCUUACAAUAAAAAAAUAAAUGGUGAUUUUGAAAUGACAGAUUGUGACUUGGAAGAUGUUACAAAAACACCUGAUUGUUCCAGUGCACCAGUGAGAGAGGAAAGAGGCGAUCUUAUCAAAUUUUACAAUACAGUGUAUGUAGGAAGAGUAAAGUCAUUUGCAUUGAAAUAUGACUUGUCAAAUCAGGACCAUAUGAUUUGUUCUGUGUUGGACUCAUCCUGCUGGCUCAUAGAAUUCUCUGCCUCUCUUUUAUGCUCUCUGCUGCUGCUUUGGUUGUGGAUGGAAGCUCCGCCACUGUCUCCUUUUCCACAUAUUAAGCAACAGCCAGGCUCACCACGCCGAAUUUCCCAGCAGCACUCUAUUUAUGUUUCCCCACACAAGAAUGGGUCAGGCCUAACACCAAGGACUGCUCUGCUGUAUAAGUUCAACGGCAGCCCUUCUAAGAGUUUGAAAGAUAUCAACAACAUGAUAAGGCAAGGUGAACAGAGAACCAAGAAGCGAGCAAUAGCCAUUGAUGCUGAUGCAGAAUCACCUGCCAAACGCCUCUGUCAAGAAAAUGAUGAUAUUUUACUUAAAAGACUGCAGGAUGUUGUCAGUGAAAGAGCAAACCAUUAGUGCCUUUCCUGUUUCUGUGAUAAAAGCACUUUCAGGUUGUUUUGCAUAAAGUUGGGGCUUUAUCUUUCAGAAUUUUCAAUCCUCUACAUGGUAAAUAUCACUGAAUUAUAAGAAAAACUGCAUGAAAAUUAUACACUUUUUUUUAACGUUCAUACAAAAUGUAGUUGACAGAUAUGUAUUUUGAGUUGGAUUGGAAAGGAAUGUUUUAAGUGCCUUUUAAACAUAUUAAUAGUCCUAGAAUUUUUUAAAUGUUUGUUCCUUGGGUUAGUUUUUAAGAUGAAGUAAGGAGAAACCUUAUAAUUUUUAACUCACUUUUUAAAAUAAUCAAAUGUCUCCUCUUGUGCUCCAUAAUAUGAGGGCCAAUAAUCUAUUUUUGGUAAGUGCGCUUUGAGAUAUUUGUGUUCUAAAUUUAAUACUGAGUAGGGGUUGAUUCCCAUUGCACCUGGGCCAGAGGAUGUUGUACCAGCUUGUCUGUGACCCACUGUGGUAACUCUACAUCCAGGUGCCACUACCAUUCUAGGUUCUCUAGAUCCUUUCUCCUGCCCUUCCUCUCUUGAGCAUAAGCAGAUUUAUACCAAGCCCAUGCACUACCCACACUCCUCGCUUUCCAGCCCUAAGCCUCUUAACCUGGUGUCUCAACCUAAUGAAAAGGGUCUUGCUCCUUUUUUAAACUACUAUCAUUUUGUUUCUGAACCAUUAACUUAAUAUUUGUGAUUAUAUUACAUCAUGUAAUUCUCAAAAUAAGAAGCUACUGCUUCUCAAGCCAGUAGAAUAAAAUACAGAUAAGAGUUUUUAGAAACUAAAUUUCCUAGUUAGUGAGGUAGCACCGUGAUAAUGUGUGAAAUACUAUUUUUGGGGUCAUCAUAAGAUUAGUCAUCUCAAUAUUGAUAAUUGAUUCUGUAAUAAAUAACCUUUUUUUUUUUUUAAUGAUUUUUUAAAUUGAUUUGAGAGAGA